UGCAUUGGAUUCGUCAAAAUGACGGAAGAUGUCGCAGUUAUAACCUCUCCCCUCCCACACAACCUCAAUAUCUAAAAAUUCUGCUUAGAGAAUCCGCUGUCUUUCAGCAACGCGAAAUAUUUAUAACGAUUAUGAAAAGAUAGUGACAGAAUGUCUGUCAAUAUAAUUGGCCACAUAUUACGACGUCUGAAAAUUUCUCGUGGAGGAAUUUCGGCGCUGAACUACUCAACAUCAUGUACCCCUCAAAAAUCGCCUGGAGAGACGAUCCCUCCCUUGGACAUGAAGUAUUUAUCAUUCAGUCCAAAUUUCCGACUCUCCCCGAAUACCCAGUUUAAGUUGGACCUUCCCCUCGAGACGAAUUUCCCUCGAAAGAUAAUAGAUAUCCCUCCGGGGCCCACUCGCACCAUAACAGACGUCCCAAAGACUCGAAUCAUCCCAUUAAUCGACAAAAUUCCGGAUAAUGCUCUGGAGAUGCCUUCGGAACACGUAAUCGAGAAGCAAGCAGCUAGACUAAUAGUUAUCAGGCGCCGCAAGAUGCGCCGGCACAAGCUCAGAAAGCUCCGGAAGAAGAUGAAGUUCGUUCGGAGGAAGUGGAAGCAGAAGAGAGAGCUGAAGAAGGAGAAGGCGUUUCAGGCUGAACUGAUUGCCCAGGUCAGGGAAGCGGAGAUUUUCGACGCCAAGGAGUACGUUAAUUCGAGGCUACAAAUCCUGGAUCACGUGAGGAUACCGAAUAGAUGGAAAGGGGAAAUCCUCCCCGAGAGUAUGAUCAGACAGUUUAUGAAGGAAAAGGAAGAGAAACAGCGGAAAAAACUUAAUCGUCUGAGAAUUACUCUCGAUUGAAGUCGGGAACUUGUGUAAAAUAUUGUGGUAGAGAAAUUAAUAAAUAAACAAAAAAUAUCAAUUACAGGAGAACACAAACGCCAGCUCAAUUAAUCAAUGUUUCUAAUUAUUCCUGGAACACAAUUACUUCGAGAAUAAAACCUUUGAUCAUUAUUAUUGUUGAAAAAUAAAAUAUUAAUAAAGAACAUGAAAUCAU